AUGGCAUUGUCAGUGGAACUCUUUGAUCUGUGGGGAAUAGACUUCAUGGGACCUUUUCCUCCAUCUUACACAUUCAAAUACAUUUUGGUAGCAGUAGAGUAUGUCUCCAAAUGGGUAGAAGCAAUAGCCACCACCACAUGUGAUACCAACGUGGUCUUGCAAUUCCUAAAGAAGAACAUCUUCACUAGAUUUGGAGUGCCUAAAGGACUUAUAAGUGAUGGGGGAAGCCACUUCUGCAACAAGCAACUGAAUUCCCUACUCCACAAAUAUGGUGUUACUCACAAAGUGGCCACACCGUAUCACCUACAAACCAAUGGACAAGCUGAACUUGCCAACAGAGAGCUAAAGAGGAUUUUGGAGAAAACUGUGGGGACAACAAGAAAGGAUUGGCUGAGGUCUAGAUGGACUGGUCCAUACACCAUCACCAAAGUAUCCCCUCAUGACUAUGUGGAAUUACUUGAUGAGAAUUCAAAAGAAACCUUCACAGUCAAUGGGCAUAGGGUGAAACUUUAUCUUGGUAGACCUUGGAGCAAAGAAGAGACUGUGCUAUGGCUAGCAUGA